AUGGAGGAGAAGGACAAAGGAAGUUGUACUGGCCUGCCACGUAGAGGGAUUAUUACCAUUAUCGGAAGCAUCUGUAUUGUGUUUAGCAUGGGCAAUGGCUAUACUUUCGGUAAUUUUAACCCAUACAUUACCUCCUACUUGCGGAACAGGAGUGCAUCAACUGACGUUGCGUAUGCCGACUCUGUAUGGAUUUCAACAGCCAACAUCAUCGUCUACGGCCUGACGAUGCCGUGGUUCCCGAACCGGAAGGGUUUGAUCUGUGGGAUACUGGAAGGAGGCUACGGCGGCAGUGGCUUCAUCCUCAACCAAAUCAUCACUGGCUUCAUCAACCCUGAAAACCUCUCUCCUGACCAGGAAGUAGGGGAUAACGAGUACUUUACCCAGGCAACUCUCCUGGACAUGGUGCCGUACACUUACCUGCUGCUGGGAGGGAUGUACACAGUGGUCUUCGCCAUAGGCAUCUUAUUGAUGAAGGAACCACCUGAUGACCCCGCCCAGGAAAUGUCAGUUAAUUACAAGAGUGACGAAGGAGGAGGUGCUGUUGCUGUUGCAACGAUCAGUGAAAUGGACGGGAGCACUGAGGUCAUCAAGGAGUCUGACACUCAAGGCCACGACAUGACACCGAGGGAGGUCCUACACUCCUGGAUAUUCUAUGCCGUGUGGUUUGCAUACUUCUUUGAAGGUUUUGCUGUUGAUGUCAACUUUUUCUUUUACAAGACUUAUGGUGAGACGUUCAUUGAUGACGACUACUUCCUGGCCCUUGUAGCUUCGUUUGGGUCCGUGAGUGUUGUGGCCGGGAAUCUCUUCUGGGGCGUUCUUGCUGACAAGUAUACAUACAAGGAAACGAUGUGUAGCCGGAGGGCCGAACUUGAAAUCGAUGCCGUUGUAAGUGACCGUUUAUAA